GACUAUCUCUUCCGGCAAAAUCUCUCGCCAAUGGCUCAAGAAGCGUGUGCUAUAGUCUCCCAAAUACGCUUUGAAGAACAGCAAACCCUAUGGACAAAGGAGUAUGAGGACAGCCUACUCACCGAACAUGUCGACGUGUUUCCUGGCAUGAUGUUCUCGUUAGCCAAGGAGCGUAUGGAAAAGAGCAAGCUUUGGAAGAUUGUCAAAAAGAUGCCGAAAGGAGCACUACUGCACUGCCAUUUGGAGGCAAUGGUCGAUCUCGAUUGGGCGCUUGAGGAAGCAUUCAACACUGAAGGGGUCUGUGUCAGGGCAGACGGGCCAAUCACCAGCGAGCAAGCACGGCGAAAGACUGGCUUCUCCUUCACCUACUCAAAGACCGCGAAUGACACCUCCUCAAUCUGGAGUGACGCUUAUGCUGCCAAUACACCGAUACCAAUCAACACAGCCGCAGACGCAUUCCCAGACGGAGGAAAGAAAAGCUUCGUAGAAUGGGUCCGCUCCCGCGUCACAAUAACAGCCUCAGAACACCUCUCCCACCACGAAGGACCCAACGAAGCCUGGCGCAAAUUCAUAUCUUGCUUUCCCAUACUCGGCUCACUGAUCUACUACGAGCCCAUCUACCGCAAAUUCAUCCGCAAGUUGUGCAAGCAGUUGCUUGAUGACGGGGUGAACUACGUUGACAUGCGAUCAGCUUUCUACACACCCUAUAGAAGUCAGGGUAAGGCGGACUGGGACGAGGAUUGGUUCAAUAUGCUAGAGCAUAUGACGGAUGAGAUUGAGAAGUUCAAGAAGACCGAGGAGGGUAAGGACUUUUGGGGAGCGAGGAUGAUUUGGACGACGGUCCGACAGUUUGGCAAGAAGGAGGUCAUUGAGAGCAUGAAAAAAUGCAUCGAGAUGAAACUCGAAUUCCCCGAAAUCAUCGCCGGCUACGACCUCGUCGGACAAGAAGACCUUGGCCGCCCGCUCGCCGACCUCGCCCCAGAACUCUUCUGGUUCCGCAAAAAGUGCGCUGAAGAAGGCGUCGAUAUCCCCUUCUUCUUCCACGCAGGCGAAACCCUCGGCGACGGCGACUCGACUGACGAGAACCUCUUUGACGCCAUAAUCCUCGGCACGAGAAGAAUCGGUCAUGGGUUCAGCUUGUACAAGCAUCCGCUGCUCAUUGAUAUGGUCAAGGAGAAACGCAUUCUGAUAGAGAGUUGUCCGGUCAGUAACGAGGUAUUGAGACUUUGCGGCAGUAUCAUGAGCCACCCUCUCCCGGCACUGCUCGCCCGUGGCGUCCCAUGCUCGCUGUGUAACGAUGACCCCACGAUUCUCGGACAAGGCGUAUCCGGCAUGUCGCACGAUUUCUGGCAAGCGCUGCAGGGCUGGGAGAAUCUCGGACUCGAAGGAUUAGGGUCACUGGCAGAGAAUAGUGUGAGAUGGGCUAGUCUUGACGACUACAACGCGAAAGAGUGGACGCAGGAUAUCAAGGACGGCAUGUUUGGGAAAGGCAUCCGAGCACAGAGGUUGAAGGAGUGGGUGAGCAAAUGGGAGAGGUUUUGUGCUUGGAUUGUCGAGGAAUUUGGCGUAGAUGAGAAUCUCGAUCCUGAGGAGUGAGUGCUUUAAAGGAAGUUACUUUCGUCAAGCAUGUACUUUGAAAUGUGGAGAUAAAGAGUACUAGGAUUCAACUCCAAGAUAAAGAAUAUAUCAAAUUCCGUUACCAUUACCCAUUAUAAAACGCCAGACCUAGUUCUACCACCAUAACUCAACUCGUACAUAAUAUGCG